AUGGGGCUCGCAAUAGGUGAUAAAGUAACUGUGCAUGAUGAAAAAGGCGUCGUCAGACAUAUCGGGUACACAAGGUUUGCCCCCGGUGUCUGGUACGGAAUAGAGUUGAAUGAACCAAGAGGCAAGAACAACGGUACGGUGCAAGGUGUCCGCUAUUUCGAUUGCACAAAGGAAGGGUUAUACGGUGUGUUUGUUCGAGAGAACUUGGUCAAGCCGGACAGAGCUGAUGAGGAAGGAGGAGACGAGGAGGAUGUCACUAGGGGCAUGAACGGCAGUAUUAGUCUGAUUCAAAAGGAACUAGAGCUCAAGACCAACGAGUGUAAAGAGUUGAAACAAAAGGCGCAGUUGUACCAAGCAGACAACGGAUAUCUUCAUCUGCUCAAAAGUGAACUAGAAGCAAAACUAAACCGCUUGACAAAAGAGCACGCUUUGUUGCUAGAAAAGCAUGCUAUUGCACAAGAAGAACUCGAGAUCAGCCAUGAGUUGGACAGAGAGUUGAAGCAAGCAAAAGUUUCCGACUAUAGCCUCCAGGACUUGCAACGGCUUGCCGUGAUUGCAAAAGACAGUGAAUUGUCAUUGCAACGGUUGGAGCUGGAACUAAAGGAGAAACAGGCCGAGGCAACACAACUUGCUGAUCAGCUAGAGCAGUCCCUGCAACAAUUGGCAAAGUUGAAAAUGGCUGUACUGGAAAAGGAAGCGGACUUGGUCUCGCUAAAGGAAAGAUUGGAAUCUUUUGCAGAUCUAGAGGCCAUGGCGGAGCAAUUGUCGUUGGAGAAUGACAAUUUGAAGAAAGCAGAAAAGGAGUUGCGCAAUGCAGUACAGGAAAUGAAUGAAAUUCACGCGUUGGAUAAAAUCUUGGAGGAGCAGCAUAUCGAAGUGGAGAAACAACUAAAGCUGGAGUUGCAGCAGUUGCAAUCGUUGUGGGAGUCAGAAAAAGAAAAGUGCAGAGAUUUGGAAACAGAGAUUCAGAAAGCUGCCACAGCAGCAGCAGCGUCGUCUGCAGCCAAGCCGACUCCCAGAACUCCUAAAACGCGACAAGUAUGCGCGGAAUUUGACACUGAUCAGGAUCAAGAGCUGUUGUUGCUGUUGUUGCUGUCGUUGAGAGAGCAACUCGAUGCUCAUGUUGCCAAAUCAAAGCUGCACGCCAUCCGUUUUCAAUUGCUUCAACAAGAGCACGAGUUGGUGUGCGAGAGGCUUAGCCAUCCCACGUUAACCACAUUGAAUCGCGAGUAUGUUGACUUGAUCUUCAACUUGCGCACGGUAAGGUGCCAACUUGACGUUGUAAUGAAGGAGCUUGCACAAGCAUUUGGCAAAAGAAUCUCUUUUCUUCAUGCUUUGGGAAUGGUUCGGGCAUCUAUUUCUGUCGCUAUAACUGCUCUCGAGUUCAAUUAUGGUCAUGAAUCAUUGCAGUUGUUGAUUGAGAGCAGUGCCCAAGCUGCUGAGUCGUUCAAGUCUUUGAUGGAGCAAAUCGUCGAGAGCCUCCUUGAAGGAUCUUUCGAAUCGGAUGAACCAGAGCUAUAUUUGAAAUUGAUUGCGGAUUUGGAGCAAUCUAGGCUUAUGCAGUUAUGGGACGUGCUUUCCAGAGGAGAUGUACAUUUCAACGCGUCUAAAGCUUUGCAGAUUAGAUUCAUUUCCGCAAUGUUGGAUAAUUUGACGCUCUAUGGGGGAGCAUCAAACGAAAAGGAGAAUAAAGAUGCAUCUGUACAAAAACUUCAGACUGCAAAUUUGGACAGCGUUGCCGUGGCCUUUAAGCAAAAGUUUGCCGAGGUUAUCGAUGAUGAAUUGGCAGAUUUGGAAAUGUCCUCAAACUUUAGUAUUGUGAGCUUGUUUGAGAUCUUCCUAGACUGUGCCAAGAACAAGAGAGGAAGCAAAGGCAAUGAGAAUAACAAACUGGACUCCUUGGAACGAUUGCAUGAUGCCCUUGCAGGAAUGGAUUUGUUGAUCUCAAAUGGGUACACUGUCAAACACCAUUUGGACAAGUGCGUAUACGACAUGGAAGUACCUCCUCAAGCAGUCCCGAAACCAGCAACAGAAAGUCAAGUAACCACCACCGCAACUGACAAAGCUCAUGUGGAAUACAUCAUACAGCAAAAAGAGGAGCAAAUCCGCGAUUUCAAAUUAAACAUAUCCCUUUUGGAGCAGAAUAUGAAACAAAUCUCCAAAAUGGCUAGUAAAGAAGUUGACAUUUCGCGUAGCGAAUUGGCUGUCGCCAAUCGUGAAAUCAAGGAGAAGAACGAAAACAUUUCACGUCUAGAGACCGAGAAACUUGCACUUCGGAAGCAUUUGGAAAUCGCUCAAGAAGAAGCCCUCCUUCUCCAUUCUUCGGCUUCAGGUGACAUCAAGUCUCAGGAAAAGUACCAAGAAACAGUGCUGCGGUUGGAACGUCUUGUGGAUCUCCGAGCGAAAGCGAAACAGAAACAAAAACAAAAAACUGAUGGGAUUUCCAUGUGGUCUGGCAACAAGAAACUUCCCCGAUGGAAAGAAACAUCCAAUUUUCAAAAUUUGUCACGACUGUUGAGAAACCUUGCUGAAGUUGCAGAACCAAUCGAAAUCACUUCAUCGAAUCGUCCAACGUGGACUCGCAAGCGGUCGUUACCAUCAUACAUUAACUCGGUUCUAACAGAGCAAUACAUACAAAUUACACGCAUGCAAAAGGAUAUCAUUUAA